AUGCCUAAAGGCGACGCCGAUAUGUCGCUGAAGCAGGGCAGCGGCACCGGCAAAGUCCAUUUCGGUGGUUUGGACGAUGUGUCCUUGUACGGCACGCCAGUGGAACCAGCGCCGCCGGCGACGGACGCCAAGCAAGGCUUCCUGCGAAACCAGCUGCAGGCACUCUUCCAACCCACCGACAACAAACUAGCCAUGAAACUCUUCGGCUCGAAGAAGGCGCUGAUGAAGGAGCGCAUCAGGCAGAAAGCAGCCGGCCACUGGGUUAUACAUCCGUGCAGUAGUUUCAGUUGUUGCAAGCCUAGUACUUAUGAUUUGAUUGAUGGAGAAAAUACGAUUGUAACCACGUGUUAUUUCCACGCCAAACAUGAUUUUUCAGCCACUUUCUCUACGAACCACUACUUCUAUUACUUCGGUAAAAAAUCACCAAAAGUUAAAUUUACGGUUUCAGCCGUAUAUUAA